ACUCAGAAGUGGGCAGGAGCGCAUGGGGUUGUAGCGUGCUAGGGGGACGGGAACCCUACAGUUCUACUCUCCUGUUCACAGGAGGAAAGGGGCAACAGCUUCUCUCAGUCAAAAAGUCCUAUCCCUUCCACUGGUUCCCUAUUAAUUCCACUUCCCCACCCCGUCUCUCUGUCUGUCUCAAACUUCCAAGGAUGGUAACUGAAGACUCCAGCGAUGGGGAGAGCCUGAGAAACGAGCCGGGCUGGUGUAAAACCCCCAGUGGUCACAUCAAGCGGCCCAUGAACGCGUUCAUGGUGUGGUCACAGAUCGAGAGGCGGAAGAUCAUGGAGCAAUCCCCGGAUAUGCACAACGCCGAGAUCUCCAAGCGCUUGGGGAAACGCUGGAAAGCCCUGGCGGACACCGAGAAGAUCCCGUUCAUCAAAGAAGCCGAGCGCCUGAGGCUCAAACACAUGGCCGACUACCCGGAUUACAAGUACCGGCCCAGGAAGAAGGGCAAGAGCGGGGCCAUCGCCAAAAUGCUCAGCAGGAAAGUGGCUUCGGUCAGGAAGAACCUCAGCAACAAAGCGCAGAGAGGGAGAGGCCGCUCCAGAGACAAGGGCGUUUGGAAAACCAAGAGGGCUGGACCCAAAGCCGAGACCGCUGAAGAUGACCGGCAGGAGGCACAGGAAGAUCCCAGAAGGCGGGAGCCAGGGCGGCAGGGCAGCUGCUCUUCCUAUGAAGAAGAUGCCAGCGGACAAGACGAAGACUAUGAGUUAGCCCCGGAUCCAGAGCCGCCGGGCGCUAAGCCCAUUGUAGACCUGAGCCCCGAGGAGCCGCGCUCCCCUGAAGAUGCAGGACUAACCCAUCCUCUCGGGGACUUGCGGUCUUCCUCUCCCUCUUCCACCAGGUCCCUCGCCUCCUGCUCUUCAGACGAGGAACUAGAAGAUGAGAUUCUCGACAUUAUCUCCAGCGCUAACUUUGAAAAUCUGGCGCUUGGCCCCUUGGACUCACUAUCCCUGGAUAAAGAUAUGGAAAUCUUGCAUACGAACUCCGCAUCCCAUUUCGAAUUCCCAGAUUAUUGCACUCCCGAAGUAACCGAAAUGAUUUCAGGAGACUGGCUGGUAUCUAGUGUGUCUGACCUAGUAUUUACUUAUUAAAAUAGGGACCUUUUUUUAAAACGUUUCUUUUUUUUUUAAAUAUUCCUUUUCCUUCCUCCCAAAAUAAAUAUACAGCAAAGCCGAGAUUUAAACCAACAGUAUCAACUUGGAUUUUUCAAAAUUGUUUGCAAUUACUGUAGCGCCCUUUUUAUUGAGGUUUUUAUUUUAAAGAGGAAAGUCAAAUGAUUUAAAAAUUGUACUCCUGUCCCAAAGUAAGUAAAGCAGGUAUCUUUUUAACUGUACAAUUUAAUUGAUGUAUCCGUUUGGCAAUAACAUUUGAAAGAGUUUGUGCCGUGAUCAGGGUAUUGUAACUUAAGCCAAACCGUCGCGUUUGGAUAGUUUUUAUAAAUACGAAAAAAAAGCUGUCCUUAAUUGGGUUUGAAUAUUGAUCUGGAUUAGUCGAGAAAGGAGAUAUUUGUCCAGGGAUACAGGCACCGGCCUGGCUUUAGCAGCAGGAUUUCAAAAUUAGUUUUGUUUUUGUGUGUGGGGAUUUCAAUGGACAAUAAAUUAAGGUGAAAUACUCAGGAUACAGCCGGACUAGGGAGAGAGACUGAAAUGACAUGCAUCUCUCACUGAGCAAGUUCAAACUGAUGCGAGGACAGCUUUGAAAAUAUUAGCCUGAACGUCUGCUUUGAACCCUGAGCGUCUCCUGGGGAUCCAGGUUUGAGAUAACAUGCGUGUCGUGUCUGAAGCCAAGCUCAAAGCUGCCUUGAUAGUGUGUAAAGCGUGGAGAAGCCUUUCGAUUUGCCAGCUCCAGUGACACCUUGUCUGGGCGAUGGAGAGGCUCUGCUGGGUCCUAGCGAGAAGCCGCCUUCUCUUUCUCUCCCCAGUCAAUCCCUGAAGGGAUUGGUGUGGGGGAAGAGGGA